CAGACGUGACAACAAACGUUAUCAGCAUUGGAGAAAAUGGGCACAGCAUUGGCAUCUAAAUCAUUUUGAAAAGAUAAAAACUUCCAUCAAACCAUCAAAACGCGUUUGCUUUUGUCUCAUAUGAUUUAAUAAUCAAAACUGAAGUCUUAAAAUGCCGAGCAACAAGAUGGACAAAUCUGACAAGCCGGAGGUCAUGGACAACGUCAAAGUGGUUGUGCGAUGUCGACCGCUGAACCAGAAGGAGAGGAGUAUGGGCCACAAGCAGGCCGUCAGUGUGGAUGAGAACCGUGGGACCAUAACCGUCAACAAAUUAGAGACCAACCACGAACCCCCCAAGACCUUCACAUUUGACACGGUGUUCGGACCAGACAGCAAACAGCUGGACGUUUACAAUCUGACAGCCCGCCCCAUCAUAGACUCAGUAUUAGAGGGUUACAAUGGGACCAUCUUCGCGUACGGACAGACAGGGACAGGGAAGACGUUCACCAUGGAGGGAGUGAGGGCAGUGCCAGAGCUCCGAGGAAUAAUCCCCAACUCCUUCGCUCAUGUGUUCGGCCACAUCGCCAAAGCAGAGGGCGACACCCGGUUCUUAGUUCGCGUCUCUUAUCUGGAGAUUUACAAUGAAGAAGUGAGGGACCUGCUGGGGAAGGACCAGAUGCAGAGGCUAGAGGUGAAGGAGAGGCCAGAUGUGGGUGUUUACAUCAAGGACCUGUCUGGUUAUGUGGUGAACAACGCUGAUGACAUGGACCGGAUUAUGACAAUGGGGCACAAGAACCGCUCGGUUGGCUCCACCAACAUGAAUGAACACAGCUCUCGCUCUCAUGCCAUCUUCACCAUCACCAUCGAGUGCAGCGAGAAGGGUGUGGAUGGGGACCAGCACGUACGCAUGGGAAAACUCCACUUAGUGGAUCUGGCGGGUUCUGAGCGUCAGGGGAAGACAGGAGCGACGGGCCAGCGUCUGAAAGAGGCCACUAAGAUCAACCUGUCUUUGUCCACGCUGGGUAACGUCAUCUCCACUCUGGUGGACGGGAAGAGCACCCACGUCCCCUACAGGAACUCCAAACUCACCCGCCUGCUGCAGGACUCACUGGGGGGAAACUCCAAGACCAUGAUGUGUGCGAACAUCGGCCCAGCGGACUACAACUACGACGAGACCAUCAGCACGCUGCGUUACGCCAACCGGGCCAAGAACAUCAAGAACAAAGCCCGGAUCAAUGAAGACCCCAAGGAUGCCCUGCUACGGCAGUUCCAGAAGGAGAUCGAAGAGCUUAGGAAGAAACUCCAAGAAGGGGAAGAGAUCUCCGGGUCGGAGGGCAGUGGAUCAGAAGAGAUGGAUGAAGGAGAUGAUGAGGGACGAAGGAAGCGGAGAGGGAAGAAGAAGAAGGUUUCUCCUGACAAGAUGGUGGAGAUGCAGGCGAAGAUCGAGGAGGAGAGGAAGGAGCUAGAAGCCACGCUGGACAUGGAGGAGGAGGAGAGGAACAAGGCCAGGGCAGAACUGGAGAAGAGAGAGAAGGAUCUCCUCAAAGCGCAGCAGGAGCAUCACCUGCUGCUGGAGAAGCUGUCAGCCCUGGAGAAGAAGGUGAUCGUAGGAGGGGUGGACCUCCUGGCCAAGGCUGAGGAGCAGGAGAAACUACUGCAGGAGUCUAACAAUGAGCUAGAGGAGAGACGCAGGAGGGCUGAGCUGCUCCGCAGAGAGCUAGAGGAGAAGGAGGCGGAGCGCCUGGACAUGGAAGAGAAGUACUCCAGUCUGCAGGAGGAGGCUCAGGGGAAGACCAAGAAGCUGAAGAAAGUCUGGACCAUGCUGAUGGCUGCCAAGUCAGAGAUGGCCGACCUGCAGCAGGAACAUCACCGGGAGAUCGAGGGCCUGCUGGAGAAUAUCCGCCACCUCAGCAGAGAGCUACGACUGCAGAUGCUCAUCAUAGACAGCUUCAUCCCACAGGAAUACCAGGAGAUGAUUGAGAACUAUGUACAGUGGAAUGAGGACAUUGGGGAAUGGCAGCUGAAGUGUGUAGCGUACACUGGUAACAACAUGAGAAAACAGACCCCCGUGCCGGACAAGAAAGAAAAAGAUCCGUUUGAGGUGGACCUGUCUCAUGUGUACUUAGCCUACACAGAGGAGAGUAUGAGACAGUCACUGAUGAAGCUGGAGAGGCCCAGGACCUCCAAGAGUAGUAGGCCCAAGACUGGACGAAGGAAAAGAUCAGCGAAGCCUGAGGCUGUGAUGGAAUCCCUGCUGCAGUGAGAGAGCCAAUCAGGGCUGGAGCCCCAUGUACUGCAAUGAAUCUACACUACUUUACCUUAGAAUGAACAACAGCAGUCAGUCAGUGAAUCUACACUACUUUACCUUAGGAUGAACAACAGUCAGUCAAUGAAUCUACACUACUUUACUUUAGAAUGAACAACAGUCAGUCAAUGAAUCUACACUACUUUACUUUAGAAUGAACAACAGUCAGUCAAUGAAUCUACACUACUUUACCUUAGAAUGAACAACAGCAGUCAGUCAAUGAAUCUACACUACUUUACUUUAGAAUGAACAACAGUCAGUCAAUGAAUCUACACUACUUUACUUUAGAAUGAACAACAGUCAGUCAAUGAAUCUACACUACUUUACCUUAGAAUGAACAACAGCAGUCAGUCAAUGAAUCUACACUACUUUACCUUAGAAUGAACAACAGUCUGUCAAUGAAUCUACACUACUUUACCUUAGAAUGAACAACAGCAGUCAGUCAAC